CAGCAGCCUAUCCUCCGAUCCUCUAGCGUCGUUCAUGACGCAGCAUUUGCACGAAUCCGGUGGACAGAUCUCACGCGAGCAAAGCUGCGAGCUCAUCUUCCUGUGCUCUCAAACGGCACAGGGUGUGUGCAAUGCUGUUUAGACUGCAAACAAAGCACUCGGUCAGCCCUGCCUGCCUACCCGACCAAACAAGCGAUCAGCACAAGCAAGUGCGCAAAGGGAGAAACACUGUUCUGCAUCUUGCACCGAUGGUAAUGAAUAAUCCAUCAAUGGUUUCACUAUCUUUCGCGUCACCUAAUGCUGGAUGCCUCGCGACGCGAAGCACCUGUUCCGAUCCAUCCGUACCACCACGAAAAUGGGACCGCGGUGCAACUCACACACUAUAGCUAGAAGGCGCCCCGUGAUCAUCAACGCGCGAGGCACCGGCAGUAGUCGCGAGAUAAAGUUAUUAAUUCAUAAAUGACGAUAAGUGUGACAACAUCCGACCUUCCGUCUCGCACACGGCUUAGCUGACUUUGCGACUAGCGUCGAAGGCUUUUCUUCCCCUGCAUUGUUUCACUCGUCUGCCCGCAGUCGCACCCAUCUGCCCUCACUAUCCUCUUUUCGCCCAUGCUCACCAUUUCACACCAACCUGACUGACUAAACGGACUGUUUAGUGUUGGAGGUUAUAAUAAAAGAGCACCCACUAGCGAUCCUUCCCACACGUGGGAAAGGUUCAGUCAGUGUUUGGCAAUGAAAUGGUGCGCUCGUACGGCAUACUUCUUAGUGCCGUUUUAGUUACGGCUGGCGAGCUGGUGUCGGGUAAGCUGCUGCCAGCGCCAAACGAUCCCGAAGCUUCGGCACGUGCCCUCUACCGGUCGCUGGAUGACGGUGGGUACAGCCCAACGCUCGCCCUCAUCCUGCAGGAUUACAUUCUGAUCAACAGCACCGGUACCGUGACCUGGAGCAAUCCGGCUUUUGUCUACUACGAUCAGCAGUUGAUCGAGGCCAUCCAGCAGCAGCUGGAGGUGGAAAGUGAGCAAGAUGCUGCAUACGAUCACCAGCAACAGCAGCAUCAGUGGCAGACCGAUCACGGUUCGUCGUUGCUGCCACUGUACGGUGGGUUAAAGUUUCUCACCAACUACUGUGGCCCAGGCAACUGGUCCGCCGACGGAAGUACGGUGCAGAGUGCGUACUUUUCCAGCAUCGACCAGUGCUGCAAACAGCACGACGAAUGUCCGGACACCAUUGUCGAGCGGAGGGACUACCGGCGGUACGAAGCUUUGCCCUACAAGCCGCAAAUAUUCACCAGACUGCGGUGCAAUUGUGAUGUGGUGUUUCUACGCUGCCUGCAAAACAUUGCCACCUUCUUCUCGUAUGCCGUAGCGUGGAUCUACACCAAGUUCCAGUACAAUUGCUUCGACUACGAGCACCCCGUCAUGGAAUGUACCGUGAAGAGGAAUGAUGGGUUAUUCACUGCGGAUCGCUGCCUAACGUACAUGGUGGACAAUUCGAAUGACAAGCGAUGGCAGUGGUUCGACAUUCCGUACCUCAGCUCGAAUCAGUUCAUUUUCCCCGAGGUGGAGUACCGAUACGAGCUGGACUGGUUUCAUGUACUUUUCGACCGUAAAAUCUCCUCCAAAUCCUAGCGAGAAGCUAAACAUGAAACUGUAUUAUAUUAUUUUUGAAUAUUUUCUCUGGUAGCGCUUCUGAAGAUGAGACUAACUAGUAAAAUCUCAACCGUAAAAAAAAUUAAAUAUUUAAAUUUUGUUACUAAACCGGUCAUCAUUUAUAAACAUUAUCAGCAUUUAAGCUCAAUAUUUAUUUACUAAUUUUAACGUUAUUUUCAUGAUGUCUAUGUCCUUUCUCUAUUAUUAACGAUCUGCAGCAAGCGCUUCGCUGUCAUGCUUACUGCUAGAUUUUUAAGUGUUAAAUGUUUUUUCUUAGUAACGCCAGACCGUAUCCAUCAAGAAAUGUCCAUAAAUUCUUGGCUAGGCUGAGGUCUGGAGGUCAUUCCACGAGGGAUGUGGAAGCUGCUUACCCUGUUCAAAGAUUUUUUUCCUCCAAAAAAUUUAAGCUCAUCUGCAAACAAAUUUUAAGCUAUUUGCACUUACUAUUAAACCCCAUUAAAUCCAAUAUGGCGCAUACAUCGUUUGCCAAUGAGGUGAUUCUUGGCUCUCGCCGCGUUCCUGGUUUGCAUCUGUGUUGUGUUUUCUGCUCUUACCUGUAAGUUCCUCCACCGAUCCGAUCCGUACAUUAUUUGUCUAAGGAAUAUUUUCCUCAACCAAGUUUCUUCUAGACACGACCACCAAAAAUAACGAGCUACUACGAAAUAGUACCACGUGUCGGCUUCAUUUUAAAUUAAAUAAGUGCAAGGGGCUUAAAACAAAAACAAAGGAAGAGGAGCGGCACUUUAUUCGGCCGGUAAAAACUGUAGCAAUGGCAAGGUAAGGUAAAAAAGUCAGAUUAUACUUCUCCAGUAAUUCCAGUACGUCUAGUAAAUAUAGCUUGGGAAGAUCGGAUUGUGUAUCGUCAGGAGCUUUAGAGAUGGUAAAAAUUCGAAGCGAUUUGUUUGAUUCCAUGCAUUUAUUGUCUACUAAAAUCUAACUUUUGAAGCAAUCGAUCAAGUAGAAAAAAAGCUUUCUAAUCUCUGUUCGUCUGCAUAUGUACGUGCAAAA